AUGGCGCAAUGGCGAACGCCGCGCCAGGCGCCCGGCGCGCCCAACCGACCAACCGCCGACGCGCACCUCGCGGCCCUCCUGGCGUCGCCGCGGGAGGCGCCGCUGGCGGUCUACUCGUCGCGCGUCGUCAUCGAGGCGCCCGAGGACUGGGGCCACGACGUCGUCGCCGCCACGGUCGUCGUCGAGGGCGGCCGCGUCGCCGCGGUGCUCCCCGGCCGCCGGGCGGCCGCGCCCGGCUUCGUCGACGUCGACCCGCUCGUCGUGCUCCCGGGCCUCGUCGACGUCGUCGGCGGCGCGUCGUCGGGCCCGCUCGACGCCGCGGCCUGCGCCGCCACGGCCGUCGCCGGCGGCUUCGCCGCCUUCGCGGUCGCGUCGCCGGAGACGGUCCACGGCGCGACGGACUGCGACUACGCGAGCUGCGGGCCGCUCGGGUCCUCCCUGGCGACGGCCGCCCUCACGGACUUUGGCCGCGGCGCCACGACGACGCGCGACGCCUGGCGCGCGGGCGCGACGGCCGGCGUCGUCGUCUGCGACUGCGUGCGGCUGAGCGAAGAGGAGCGGGACCUCGCGAGCCCCUUCUGCCGCCACGAGCCCGAGGCGCGGCUCCGCGCGCCGAGCCCGCUCGCGCGGCUGCCGCUCUGCGCCGUGGACCAGGACCACGGCCGCGCGCGCGCGCCGUCCGUGGAGCGCCACGCGGCGAAGACGCCGCACGACGGGCCCUGGGUCGGCGCGCUGCUCGAGGCGGAGCUGCGGAGCUACGCGUUCGUGUCGUCGCCGAAGACCGACAGCCAGAGCUCGUCGCCGGGCGAGGGCAAGCGGGGCCUCGACUUUUCGGGCGCGGCGGCGUCGCCGCCGAAGCGGCCGCGCGGCCGCGGCGUCGACAGCCCGUCGCGGGGCUCCCUCGGGCCGUCGCCGCCGGCCGACGACCUCGCGCUCAUGGCGUCGGCGCUGCGCCUGGAGACGGCGACGGCCGGCGGCGUCGUCGUGCCGUCGCCGUCCUUCGGGCGCCUCGUGCGGUCCGUCGAGGCCUUCGAGGAACCCUCUUCCGCGCUCCGGGGCCGGCGGCCGGCGGAGGCGCGGCCCGCGUCGCCGCGGCUCUCGCGGCUCCGGCCGGGGCCCGUCGCGGUCUACAAGGACGCGGACGCGCUGACGCGGCGCGCGAUCCGCCGCGACUACAGCCUGCUGACGCGCGCGCACCCGUCCGAGGCGCAGGCGCGGGGGCUCCGGUGGGUCCUGGGCUGCGGCGGGGGCGCCGACAUCCACGUCGCGGCCGUCGGCGCGGACCAGACGCUGCGCAUGGUGCGGCGCGCGAAGGGAAACGCGGAGAACGACGUCCGGGUGACCGCCGCGACGACGGGGCUGCACGCCUUGCUCAGCGCCGACGACGUCAGGCCCGGCGCGACGCUCUACAAGGUGCGGCCGCCCAUCCGCCACACGGGCCACGGCCGCGCGCUCUGGGGCGCGCUCGACGACGGCGCGCUCGACUGCGUCCACAGCGGCUUCGACCCCGUCGCGCCGCACCUCAAGUGCGCUUUCCGCGGCGACUUCGCGCGCGCGUCGCCGGGCACCUGCGCCUUCGCGAACGCGGACGUGCUCGUCGCGCUCUGGGCGCGGCUCGCGGAGCGCGGCGUCGCCGGCAAGGACGCGCUGGGGCGGGUGGCGUCGUGGCUCGCGCGGAACCCGGCGGACGCGCUCCGCCUGGCCGGCAAGGGCCGCAUCGCGCCGGGCCGCGACGCGGACCUCCUGCUCUUCGACGCGGACGGCGCCCACGAGGCGCCGCGCGGCCGGACCGGCCCGGGCAUCUACGACGCGUGCCCGAAGCGCGGCAACGUCGCGGCCGUCGUCGUCCGCGGGCGCGUCGUCUUCGCGCGCGGCCGGCGCCGCGACGCCAAGCAUCGCGACGCCGCGCCGUCGCGCGACAUCAUGGGCAAGGUCAAGAUUCCCGAGCACCUCGUCAAGGCCGAGGCCUUCGCGGGCACGCUCCUCGCGAAGCCGAAGGCGCCGACGAACGCGGACGUGACGAAGAUGUUCCGUUUGAUCAAGGAGUGGCCGACGCAGCAGCGGCCGAACGUCGCGCCCGGCGGCUACAGCAACCCGGUCGUCGAGGGCAUGGUCCUGGGCCUCUGCCCGAACCGGUCCGGCGGCUGCUCCGUCGCGCAGGCGAGCCAGCAGUGCCCGCAGCUCACCAAGGUCGUCACGCGGUGGGCCGCGGCGACGCUCCCCGACGCCAAGUUCCGCUACGGUUCCAUCCAGGUCAACUACAACUACCGCGCGCGGAAGCACAUCGACCAGAACAACCUCGGCCCGUCGUUCAUCACGUCGCUCGGCGACCACACGGGCGGCGAGCUCUGGACGGGCGACCGCGGCGUCCUCGACUGCCACGGCUGCUGGAAGCUCUUCGACGGCAACACGGAGCACAUGACGCAGCCCUACGAGGGCCGGGACCGCUACUCCUUCAUCCUCUUCACGCCGGACAAGUACAACCGCCUGACGUCCGCCGUCUGCAAGACGGCGAAGGACCUCGGCGUGACCGCGGCGACGACGGACGGCGCGGACGACGCCUACUUCUCGAACUUCCGCGACCUCGGCGACGUCGACGAGGACGCGCACGUCGCCUUCACGGAGCAGCACCACGCGGAGAACCCGCCGUCCUUCGGGUCCGGCGCGCUGUCCGUCGAGACGAACGGCUACGCCGCGGGGCGCGGCUGGGGCUGGAUCGCGUGGCAGACGGACAAGCUCGGCAAGGACAAGGUCCACGUCGAGAAGUUCAAGAAGAACGCGACGGGCAUCCACGUCGUCGAGUUGGAGGUCGCGCCGCCGGCGAAGCCGCACCACGUCGUCACCUUCGACCUCGUCGAGGUCCACCGCUUCAACCUCUACCAGGACACGGACCGGGAGACGGCGCGCUUCGCCAAGUGGGUCGACAAGCUGCCGGCGAACCGCGUCGUCGGCGUCUGCAUCACGGACACGGCCAUGGCGAAGACGCGGCCGCUGUCGAAGCAGGUCUACGACACGUUCCGCCUCCUCGGCGCGCCGGACUCGCUCACGCUCAUCGGCUACCGCGAGCCCUUCGCAUUCCUCGGCUGGAAGGGCGCGCCCAAGGGCGCCGCGGCCCUCGCCCAGGACGCGAAGAAGCAGUCCAAGGAGCUCCUCCGCCUCGACGCGGUCCUCGCCACCGACGCGGCCGGCCGCCUCUCGAUGACGCACACGAGCUCACAGCUCAAGCUCCUCGAGAAGCUCGACGAGGCCGCGGACCGCGAGAACACGGCGCCGCCCAAGAAGAAGGCGAAGAGCGCGUAA